AUGGCAGGGGCUGGUCCGGUCGGACCCACGCCGCCUCGUCGAGUAACCCGGAGCCAGAGCCAGAAUGAAGGUCCGAGUUAUCAGAAGGUCACUUUGAAGGGCACGAGAAACAUUAGGACAGGCAAGGCUGUUGCUAAUGAAUUAAAUACUGUCACUGAAGACACACCAAUCUCUUCACGACAGACAUCUAUUUCCAAAAAUGGCUCGCCGGAGAUAUCAGGGACACCUGAGCCUACAGAAGAGAACGGCAAUAUCUCUGGCACCACGUUCCUAGAGGCAGAUGACCUCGACUCAGACGAUGAUGAUGAGGCCUCUGACGACCCUAUUACCAUGCUUGACGAGCUCCCCGAUCUUCAGCAAGCAGCCUCCAGUUUGAUGAACUUGUUAGUCUCUAAUCAAUCAAUUCCGAUCGGGAUCGUGAACGCAGCGAAGCGCAUGCGGGUGGCUGGCCUCGGAAGCAAAGAAAACAAGCGGCUCAAAUCGCACUGCAAAAAGCUUGUUGAGAGGAUGAAGCAGUAUGGCGAUCUGCCUUUCGUUGAUGUCUCUCGUAUCCGAAGUUUGAUUCCCUCCAUCGCCGCAGGAGGGGACUAUCAGCCAUGGAGUCCGUCCCCGACUUUACACAGCGCGAACUGCGCCCGUUUAGCCUUCGAGGUCCUGCUAUCCACUGCCGAUUCGGAAUCAGCGAAACAGGUGGUCGAAAGUCUCAACAGCCAGUUCCCUGCUCCGUUCCUGGAUCAUUUCACUAAGGGCCGUGAGUCCAACCCAAUCGGGUCGAGUACGGCUGAAAAGGCUGCCUGGGAGCUUGCGCUUGAGAUUCGCACCCAGUAUUUCAUCAUGGAGUUUGAGCGACGUCAGACUGAGAAAGGUUUCGAGCCAAACCAACUGCUCCGAUCGAUCUUUUAUGACGAAUCCAGACACGAGGGCGGUGAAUUGGAUUCUCGUUGGCUUCGUGGCUUUGAUCUGGUGGCGGCCUUCAAGGAUGAGAACGAGUGUCUUCCCGACCGGUAUCACGAUACUGUCCUCGAUCGUAUCGGGGAACUGGAACUGGACCUUUUUGAUGAUGAUGGUGCUCCCAAUGCGAAGGGUCUGAGAGCUGCUUUCUCCUGGCAACGGUUCUCUGUGCGCACCGCCCGUUUCCUUCACGCUCGGGAUAAAGAAAUCAGACGUGACUUGAAAGUUCAGGCAAAUUUUGAUGAUGUUCAUGAUCUUCUCGAAAGGAAGAUCAAGGGUGAAUCGACCCCGGAUGAGGAAAAUGUGGAGCAGGAGUCAAGCAUUUCCAACGCUGAUGAAUCGUCAUUGCAAGUUUCUUUACUAGACGAUCAGAGUCCUCUGAAGGGUCAGUCCGUUCGACAAACUUCGCAGUCCGCACAGCAAAGAUCAUUUGCCACAGAAAGUACGUUCUCAGGCUCACCUCAAAGGUCUACUGGGCAGCCCAGCCCCGUGAGGGAUGAGCCGAUUCGACAAACCUCGCAGUCGGCACAGCAAAGAUCAUUUGCUACAGAAACUACGCUUUCCGGCUCACCUCAACCGUCCGUUGGGCAGCCUAGCCUAGGCAAACAGCCAACAGCUUCACAUUCCCAUCGAAGAAAGUCUGUCAAAAGUCAAUACCUAAACAUGGACAAUGUAGCUCGUCUCAAACAACGCCUGAGUAGCGUCACGUCAAGUUCGUUCCGUCCGGAACCGCGACUUGCAGCUCUAAAUUCCGCCAGGAAUGAGGACACCACAGAAGACCAACAUGGUGACGAUUAUACCCAUGAUUCUACGAACGACUUUUUUGAUCUCAGCGGCAAUCCAGAUGAAUCAACCACUCCUCCUCGUUCUGCCAGAACCAGGCAAGUGAGCUACAACCCCAGCCACCAGUUUGAUACCCCAGGCCCAAGUCGCCUUCGAGCGCCACCCUUGACAGGCGAUGAGCACGAAAACGAUCAAACAUCCCAAAAAAUCGGAGAGGGACAGAGUGUGCAGACACCGCAACGGACCAUCUUCGAUCGGCAGAGGAGCGCCAUAAGAGUGUCCCCCAUCGAUGACGAUGCCGAGAGUCAGAGUGUAGAACGACAACCAGCUCAAACCAAGGAGCUGAACUCCAAGAAGCGUCCUCGCGAGGAAACAGAUGAUGAAGAAUCCGGCGAUGAAUUCGAGCAAGAUGCACGUACCGCCAAUGUCGACGAGAAAAGAGCCGCAAAACCACCGCCAAAGAAACGGGUCCCCGCGCGCGAGGAACGUUACACCGGCGACAGUGCUUCCGAAGCAGAUCAACAACUUCAGCAGCAACUCAUGGCAUCAAGUCAAGCUGUUCCUGUAUCUCAGUCUUCGUUUCGGCAAUCUACUGCACUCUCCUCCUCUAUGCCGCCACCGCCUCUGCCAAGGACUUCAGUAGUUCCUGUGCCGCGAGCGGCAUCUCCCUCAUCCGCCCAAGCUCCCGUAGAGUCUUCCUGGGCAGCCCGAAAUGUCACUGGACGACAACUUCCUGGUAAAGGGGGCAAAUGGUCCCAAGCGGAAGAUGACCGACUGCUCCAAUUGAUGGCCAUCCAUGGUACCUCCUGGGCCACGAUCCUCCGAGAAGACAGUAUAUGUCCUGAACGCGACGGUGGCCCUGUCUUCGCGCUGAGGCAGCGUAGUCAGGUGGAUAUCAAAGAUCGGGCACGUGUUUUGAAGAGGCGUAUGACGAAGGCCGGACAACCUCUUCCUCCGGGUCUCUCGAAAGCUUCCAAGGUGUCGUACUAA